AUGGCAACGGAGGAGCAGCGGUUGAUGGAUCUGGCGCGGACGGUGCCGGCGAUCCUCCUGCUCGUCGGCACCUCGGGGAAGGCCGUCGCGAACAUCAAGUGCGCCCGCGAGCUGUUCGCCGGGAAGAAGUGGGGCUUCGAUGACUCCGACGACCCCGAGUCUCCGCCCUCCAACACCGACCGAGGCGGAAACGGCAGCGUCGGCGGCGAACCCGUGGAGACGACCACCACCGGAGGCGGCGAUCACAGCGGCAGCGGCGUACCCUCGAAGUCGAAGACCACCGGCGGCAGCCAGGCCCAGGCGAGCCUCCUACGUGGGGUCUCCGUGGACAGCGGCGGCUACUGGGCCGACGUCCUCGCCAGCGCGCUGGCCCCCGGAGAGGGCCACCUCCCCGUCGCCUACCGUGAGAUCACGCGCCUCGUCUCGCUCCACGCCGAGGCCGGCCACGUCUUCGUCAACUGCGCCGCGCGCCUCGGCCUCCAUCCCGACGACGACGACGACGACGGAAACGGCGCGCGCAUCGGCCUCCAGCCCGACCGCGCCGCGCGUUGGAAGCGGUGGAUGGACCUCCGGGAGGCGGCCGUCUGCCACGCCCACGACGCGCUUCUGGCGCUGAGCUCCGCCGCGGCGGCCGCCACGGCGGCCGAGGACUUCCUCCGGUGGCGGUCCAACGAGUCCCCGCGCCGGGAAGGGUGGCGUUCGGCGGCGCGGCAGCUCGUGAAAGACGCCAGGCGCAGCCUCGGCGAGGCCACGGACGCGGCGAGGCUGAUGCGCGACGCCGUGCUCUGCGAGUUCUUCGUCACCUGGGUGAUUCUGACACGCGCUUAAACUGAAGGCGCAUUGCUAAUGGCGGCGCUUUUGCUUCUUUACUCCAAUUUCAUUCGAUUUUGUGUGUGUGUGUAUAUAUGAAUAUGUGGUUCAUUGCUGGAACAAAUGCAAAUGGGAAUGGCCUGAUCCAUGUGGAACUGUGCCUUAGCUGUUCUAGUCUCCUAGCAAUGGUAAAAGUAACAACAGAGUGCCUGAACUGAAGACAUGCAUGAUCCAUCAUCAAAUUAUAAACAUCAUGCAUUCUGUAGUUUUGCUUGGAAAUUGCACAA